AUGCUCGACGGCGCGAACGUGAGCUUCGAGGGGUGGGGGUACAGCACGAGGUACAACGGGACCUACGUCGGGGUGAUGAUGAAAAAGACCCGCACCCGGCGGCGGCGCUGGGUGGCGCUGGUGCGGGCCCUGCCGCAUGCCCCCAUCGCGUUUUAUCUCAGUAUUUGCCCCGGGAUGGAGACGGCGAGCGCGGUGGCGAACCCCCAGGGGACCUCCCCAGGGGGGCCUUCCCGGGCGGGUUCCGAAACCCGAACGCCCGCCAAACCGGAGGCCGAGGUGCGCGAAUUUGUGCCCCUUCUCGGGAUCCCCGCCUGCACCUUGCGGGUCGCCAGGACGGCGGCCUCGCAGGGGUCCGACUCGCCGCUCACGCACAGCCGCAUCAUCCGGGAUUUUAUAACCGACGAGGCCGCCGACGGCACCGAGUCUUCCCCUCCGCUCCCUCCGGGGACCCCGGGGACCGAUUCCGCCUGGGAAUUCCGCAGGUCCUCCAGCGGGGAUAGCUUCAGCCGGGAGUCGCCGUGGGAGCUAGGGAACCUCCCUUCCCCGGCUUCUUCGUUUCCCGCCGUCCCACCUUCCCUGGCGCAGGUGGAGGUUUUCGAAUACCAGCGCCGGGGCGCGUUGUUGGGCUGGACCAAGGCGAGCUUGCCGUCGAGGAUCCCCGCCUGGCAGGACAGCCAGGGGCGUAAGGUGCCGAAGCCGUCGGAUACCCCGGCACCGGCUGGAUGGCGCUGGGAGGGCAAUUGGACUUUGGAGCAGAGCGCGAACGGUGGGUGGGAGGUGCUGCCCGAGGAUCAUUCCAUUCGCCGCCGGUGUUGGCAGCGGGGGAUUGUGAAGAUUGAAUAA